AUUAUUAUUUUGAAUUCGUGUGAGCAGUGAAGACUUGUUUGAAAUGAAUUACUAUUAGGAUGUGCUUUGUAACGUGACCAUGGGCAGGAAAAGAAAGCAGCCCGAUUCCCCCGGCUCCAUAGAAGCUCCAGCAUCUGUGCCUGAGCCUGUUGUUAUCGAACCUCCUGCGAAGCGCAGAAAGUGCGUCGAUCCCUCGGAGCUGUUUCAUGAUAUCUACGAGACGCUACGGCAUUACAAGGACAUCAAUGGCCGCCUUCUGUGUGAGCAUUUGGUGCGGGUGCCGAAGAGAAGGAAUCUUCCAGAGUACUAUGACAAAGUACAGCAACCCAUUGACUUACUCAAGAUACAGCAACGGUUGAAGACCGAUGAGUACAGGACUCUUGACAUGUUUACAUCAGACAUCCAACUGCUCCUCUCCAAUGCCCAGCUGUUCUAUCCGACGGAUAGUCAGGAGUACAAGGACUCGGAUACUCUAUUGGAUCUGUUCUGGUCGACGUGUCAGCGGUUGUUUCCUGGCGGAGGUGCACCACCCAGUGGUGGAUCUUUUCUUUUGAAGUCGCCUGUGCCUGGAUCAGCUGGAGCAAAGGCUUCCGCCACUGCAUCUGCCAAAGCCGCAACACCGAUCAGUGCCAAAGCCGCAACACCGCUCAGUGCCCGGCAAGCAGCAGUGGCGGCAUCAAGAGCAGAGAGCAGCAGCAGCAACAGUCCGCUCCUUGCCGGGACUCCGAGUGCAAAGCGGCUCGCGCCAGUUGCUUUGAAGGGUCCCCAGCAGAAGGAUCACGUAUCAUUGCUAAGUCCGUCAGCAUCACUCCUAGACGUGUGCCAAGCCAUCAUGGAUGAGGUGUUGAGCCUGGAGGACAAUGGGCGUAGCGUGUGUGACAUUUUCAUGAAGCUGCCAGCGCGUUCCCAGUAUCCGGAAUACUAUCGUGUGAUAACUGAGCCAAUCGAUAUCAAGAUGAUCCUGACCAAUAUCAAGAGCAAGGAUUACAUGCUGUUCAGUGAUUUCCGAAUGGACUUGACGAUCAUGGUGAAGAAUGCGCAGCAUUUCAAUGAGCCGUCGUCACAGGUCUACAAGGACGCCACUUUGAUAGGCAAGACUGUUGAUGCCUCGGUCAAGAAGCUAUCCAGCUCUCAUGGAAGUAUCAUAAACUCACGCCCAUCGUUGAAAGUCACUCUCCGUGCUCCCGCACAGCAGCCAAAGGCAGCUCCGCAAACCCAGCAGGCUAAGUCUCCCGUAUCCCCGGCAGCAUCAACAGCUGCACAGGCAGCCAUACCGGUUACAACACCGGCAGCAGUAGCAGCCGUGGCGACAGCAGCGAUAGCGAGUUGUCCAUCGCCAGUUAAACCGUCGCCGAUCAGCCCCGCUAGCAAGCCCGUGCUUGCAGCUUCUCCUGCUCCCGUCGCAACCGCUGCUUCUGCUUCGUCUUCUUCAGUGGGUGCUGCUUCUAGUGUUGGUGUUAUCAGCAUGACCAGUACUGUGGGACCAUCUACAUCCAGUGCUAUACAUACUAGCCCAGCUAUUGCUGCCAUAACACCAUCACGCCCUGUUCGCACAGCCACACCGGCAAGCACCAGCAGCAUUGGCACUGGUAACAGCAGCAACAGCAGCGUCGGCAGCAAGAGUGCCACUACCGGUGUUCCGCCGGUAAUCAAGUUUCUGGAGGACGAGUGGGAGAGCAGCUCGGACGAGAGCACCGCUCCUGGGAAGUCCUCGUCGCCGUCGCUAUCAGGGAAUGUGUCUUGGGACCGGGUGCCACCACAUCGCAAGCAUUGGUGCCCCCUCUAUGAAGCUGUGGCCAAUGCUACCGACAACAAUGGACGUGAGCUAAGCAAGGAGUUCAUGCGUUUACCGUCCAGCAGAUAUAAUCCAGAAUAUUACGCUAUCGUGCCGAAUCCCAUGAGCCUGGCACGUAUCAAGCGCCAUAUACAGUUGAAUAGGUACUCCAACCUUGAUGAGAUUGUAGCAGACUUGGAAUUGACAUUUUGCAAUGCACAGCAGAUCCACCCACCGACGACCAGGCAAUAUCAGGAUGCUUCACGUUUACUGGAGAUUAUGAGAAAGACUGCGGCAGAGAUCUCUGCAGGAGGUGCUGGAUCUAAGGAAGAGGUUUCCCCCUCACAGGAUGGCUCCAAGAUGUCCGUUCGUAAGAGCGUUUCCACUCUUCAUACUGUCUCGUCCAUUGGAGCAGCAGCAGCAACAGUGACUGGUGUUUUGCCGACUUCACCGGUACGAACAUCACCUCUGUCAGCUACUGCUGGGCCGCAGCCAUCGGCCUCAUUAUCGGCUUUGUUAUCUCCGUCAGCGGCCUCGUCAUCAGCAGCGCUGGCUUGUAGCGUAACGGGUGCAAGCACCAUCAACUCCACCAGUACUGCUAUUGCCAGCAGCAGCAGCAGCAGCACUCUAGGUAGUACUGGUGCAGCACCAUCUAGUGCUGCUGGUGCUGGUGCUGGUGUUGGUGUUGGUGCUAGUGUUGGUGGUGGUGGUGUUGCUCUCCUUACCAGUCCUAGCAGUGCAAGCACUGCAGCAGCAACUAGUCCGACAGUGACAACACCUCAGCCGUCUCUACCACCAGUGAGGAGAGAGCUCACCCUUGCACAGCGCAUGAUAAAGCUCCAUGAUUCCAUUGUCAGUGCCAAGGAUUCGGCAGGACAGUUGAAAUCCGAACUGCUGCAUGUUCUGCCUGAUGUUGAGUCGAAUCCAGCGUACUACCGGAUGAUCAGCAACCCAAUAGACCUACGCAUGAUCCGCACCAAGAUGACGGCUUCGAAAUAUAAGUCACUGUCUGAAGCUGGCCAGGAUUACGAACUGCUGUUUUCCAACACAAGGCAAUUCUACCCGGAGGGAUCCUACCUUCACUCGAUUGCCAGUGAUUUGGAGAGUAUAUUGCGGAGACAUGUACCAAGGACAUCAUCUUUGGCCGCACAGCGAUCUUCCAGCGCGGGUAGCAACAGCAGCAGCAGUGCAAGUGAAGCAACCGUCGCUGCAGCCAAGGCGGUCGCGGCAGCCAGGCAGCAGCAGUUUGCCGAGCAGUGGGCGCCGCGCAAACCCAGCGACCACACGGUACGCUUCGCCGAGCUGUUCCAGUGUCAGAAGUCGGUGCGUGCCGGAUUUGCGCUGCACGUUCUGCGCGGCAAGUCCUACGCCUCGGCGCACGACUUGGCCUGCUACCUGGGCGUGUGGCCACCGCUGGACUUGUUCAGACUCUAUCCUCAGCUGACACGCAUUGUGGUGACAGACUUCCAGGAGAAGAAACUCUUGGAGGCUCAGUCUGUGAAACCGUGCGAUGGCUUUCUGAUAGUGCUUGUCCCAUCACAAGUGGAGGCCAUUGUUGUCAACAGUGCUCGCUACAAAGAUGGCUUGCCUCACGGCAGCAACUCAACAGGCAGUAGCAGUAACAGUAGCAGUAACAGUAGCAGCAGUAGUGUGACUGCACAACGGCCUUACCCUGCCACCACUGUCAGUGCGCCUACCCAGUCUCAAACAACAUCUUCAUCUGCUACAUCAAGCUCAGCUAAUGCUCAGGCAUCAGCUGGUCACGUGCACUUGCAACGCCGUCCCAGCGGUAAACCAGCUGGAACAUCAACGCCAGCUACAAGUACAGCUGAUAUUGAUCUGGAAUGUCAGACCACGCUCAUCGAUACUGUCUACAAGUAUACGGAUUCCGGUGGACGCUUGCUCAUCGCUCCGUUCAUGGAACUUCCCAGUGCCUCUGAGUACCCUAACUACUAUAAUGUCAUCAAGAAGCCGAUGGACAUGAAAACUAUUCGUGCGAAACGUGAUGCCUUCCAGUAUACCAGCAUGGAAGACGUUUGCGAUGACAUCCUGCUCUUGUUCAGCAAUGCCUGCAAGUACAAUGAACCUGCAUCGCAGAUCUUCAAGGAUGCUGUCAUUUUGCAGAAUGCCCUUAUUCACAAAAGGAGCGUCCUGCAGAAGGAAAAGGUUGGAAGGGCGCGUGCCUUUGGUGCAUACCCUGAUGUACCGUUGCUGGUUCGUCAACUUCUUAGCAGGUUGUUCAAAUCUGUUCUGCAGUUUGAGGAUGAUACUGGUCGUUGUCUAAGUCAACACCUCUGUCAGCUGCCUGGCAAUAACUCCAGUACGCAAGGCAAGGAUACAGGGAAAGGUCUGGACAUGUCCGGCAUUAAACGCUUAAUGAACGAGGGAGAGUAUUUGCGAUUGGACACGUUGCAAGCGGAUGUAUUCGCAGCGUUUGACACUGUGCGUGAACAAUGCGGACCAGCUUCACAGCACUGGAAUGACUCCGUUCAACUCCAACGCGUCUUCAUAGAGAAGCGCGAUGAGCUGUGUGGCCAAGGACAGCUCCUCGACUCUCCAGCAUUCAGCUUUGGCCUGCCCAACCUUGAAGCCAGGGUGGCUCGCAUCAGACAGGAGUGUGCGAAUGCAGCAAAGAGAGCUCCCGCUGUUUCCCAGUCUAGCUCCGCUCCUCGUGCCGGUGGGCAAGAAUCUUUAUCAGCACCAGCGCCAUCCGGCGAGGAGCAGAUGGAAGUAGAGGAAACGUCAGCGAAGAUUGGAGACAGUGAACAAACCGGUGCAGCAGAUUCUAAAGAAGAUGGAGAGGCUGGAGAUGACUCUAAGUAUAUACCCACUGAGUCCAUCACCAUUGGAAGUGAAAAAUAUGCACGUGGUGACUUUGUCUACGUUCGUGCCAGGGAUGACCAAAUGGACAAUCAUGUUGUAGCUAUUGAGAGGUGGCAGAAAAGCACUGACAGUGCUGAUGACACGGUGGAGUUCUUUGGAAACUAUUUCUACCGGCCACCUGAGACAUUCCAUGUUCCAACACGGAAAUUUCUGGAACAGGAGAUCUUCAAGAGUGACUACUACGCUCCUUUCCCAGCAACCGAUAUUGUGGGUCGGUGCUGUGUAGUGUUCUGCAAAGACUACUUCAAAAUGGUGCCUUCGGGUUUGGCUGAAGAGGAUGUGUUCGUGUGCGAAUCGCGCUACAUGACCAAGGCGAAGAGCUUCAAGAAGAUCAAGAUCUGGCCUUUCACGACCGGCCGCUUCAAACUGAAGAUGCGUGCGCACCCAUUGCAGGCUCGUCGUGUAGAGUCAGUGUUUGCACAGCAUGCUGCAACAUCGUCCAGCAGUGCUGCUCUGAUGGCCGCCAAGACUGACAAUGUAGAGUCGUCAGAGGCUGGUGAUGCGUCGUCGACUAUGGGUAGCAUGCAAGCCACUGUUGUGUCAACGCAGGUGGAUGACCAGCCAUUUGUUGUUCCCAGCACGCACAAUGUGGUGAAGGUCACUGAGUCAACAGAUACACCGCCUGGCGAGGAUGGCACCGGCUGUACCUAUUAUGAACAGUUUGUCUUUGAGUCGUGCACCUUCAAACUGGGUGAUAAUGUAUAUUUGCGCUCCGAUCAAGCCGACCCAUUUGUGGCACGUAUUGAUCGUAUUUGGACUGAUAAAGAUGGACAUCCGUACUUCCAUGGACCAUGGUUUGUGCGUCCAUCAGAGGUCGAACACUCGCCAUCACGCAUGUUCUAUAAGCGCGAGCUGUUGAUGAGCAGUCUGCAUGACUCCAACUCCAUGAAGUCCAUCCAGGGUCGAUGUGCCGUUCUGGACAUGCAGACAUACACAAAAGGCCGAAUGACGGAGGUGAACGAGACCGAUGUGUAUGUGUGCGAGUCACGAUACAACGAGAGCGAUAGGCAGAUACGGCGACUGAAAGGUUUGAAGGUAUUCCAGUUAUCCUCGGUAGUAUUGAGUGACGAGUGGUACUACUUUGGUGAGGAUAUUGCACCACUCAAGGUGCCUUCGCCGAAGAUUGUAGACGAGACCGACGGAGUUAACGCUGGUAGUGCUUCUAACAUUGCAGCCGCUGGUAGCGGAGUAUCAUCUGUUCCGUAUCGUGCUGCUCCCUCCACACCAGUCACGGCAAGCCCUCUGCCACGAAAGCCUAUUGCAAUCGCACCCAGCAGCAUGCCGAAGAGUUCACGCUCCGCAUUGGGUUCCGUCUCGGCAUAUCUCUUAUUUGCCGGCGAAGUUAGUUUGAAGCUGAGGAACACGCAGCCCAGUAUUGCUGCUGAUGAACUGAAUCGCCUCGUCGAGGCUGAGUGGCACCAGCUGUCUGAAACCCAGCGUACCGAGUACGAUGUCAAAGCCUCAUCAUUGUCUCACAGCAGUGUCUUUGCGUCGCCACAGCCCAAUAUGGUGGUGUAUGAAUGUCUGUGGGAAGGCUGUGGCCACCAGUAUGAGGGUGAACCGGACUUCUUAUCACACAUGACUAACACCUAUGAAGGCAGUCACUUGUACAGCUCCUCUCACCUGGGCACUCCCGGCGAGUACCCCUGCAAGUGGACAACAUGCCAGCGGUUCAAGCGUAAUGCGCCAUUCCUGUCACACUACAAACUGAGCAAGCACAUUCGUGAGAAUCACCAUGGUCAUGGACGGCGCAUGAUCACUAUUGCACAGCGCUCACCAAAUUACUUUCCCCGCUCGGUGACUGUCAGCAAGUCAGCUGCCACUGGAGUGGCGUCGGCGGCAAGUUUGGCAGCCUCUCCGCUUGCAACACCAGUCACAGCAAGCAUGCCAGGACAAGCGGCCCUGGCACUGGCCGGUGCUGCUACUUCUGCUGCUGCUGCUGCACCAGCUGUCAAUGGGGCAACGGCGGCAGGGUCAAACCCGACAGGCAGUGCAGCUCAGCAGACUGCAGCCACUACACCCGCAGCACAGCUACCUGGAGCAUCCACGAGUAAUGCAGGCACUGCUGCUGCACCUACACAGGCUGCUAGUAGUACUGCUGCUGCUGCUGCUGCCGGAACAGCAAGCAAUACUUCAGCAUCAGCUCAGGCAAGCUCAGUACCGGCUGCAGAGAGUGAGGAGGAAAGAUCUAGGAAGCUUCACACAGCACUAUAUUCAUCGUAUGUGGCAAGUGUCCAGACCCCCUCCGACACGCUCAGCCAGUGGAGCAAUGUGACAAACAAUGAGAAUUUGCCAGCCACACUGACCCUGCAACAGCUGCCGGUCGCCUGGCUACCGACGGAGAUCUCCAAGCGAAGUCCUGCUGUGCCACAGGCACAGCAAAACCAGACUAUUCUCAAAUCGCUGCUGACGCUGCGGCAGCUGAUGCUGCGUGACGCAGCCACCCUCUCAGACUGGUCCACAGAUACGAACUGAUAAUCUGAACCUGUGUUCGAGCUCCUUAUGCACAUGCACCGACCGUCUUUCCUUACCUAUAAGUUAGUGUUGGUGUUACCGUACAUUGUUCCAUAGAAGUGCAGCAAGGUUCUCUGUGUGUAUCUAUCUCAUCCCGCCGUGUCUCUCUGUCAUAUGCAUUCCGUAGCCGUGCUGACUGUAUCCUGUAGAGCUAGCUGUGUUUCAUGUGUCCUGUCUUAGCAUCUUAGUAUAGUUUCUAGCUUUUCUUCAUAUCUCAAACGGUGGACGCCACACCACAUCUACUUCAAGUAGGUCUUACUCUUAGUAAUUCAUGGAACCACGUAACAAUCCAUAAUAAUAAGAAUAAUACCAUCAAAUCAGGCAUGUGUACAUGGUACGUGUACAGUCAUGGUCUUUCAGCAUGGCAGCUGUAAGUUCUCAACACUUGUGUUCACUGCAUUUAUGUUUUCAAUGUUCUUCCUCUGUAUAGGUGCACUGUUGGCAUUUUCUUGCACAGUUGUGAAAAAUUCAAGAUGUCGAAAAGUCAAAAAAAAUGCUGCGUUCACUUUG